UUCCUCUUUAGGAAAGAGAAGGAAAAAAGGAACAAAACAAAGCAAAGCUUCGCAGUGUUUACAUAUCAGUUUCUCACUCUACAAAUCCACCGCUCUUAUGUGAAACUUGUCUUCGUUUCCAAGUUUCAAGAGCAGGUUUUGAGGUUUCAUGCCCCCAAACAAUCCUAAGCUAAGCUAGAGUAGUUUCCACACUCUUCAGUUAUGGGGAAUGCUUGCUGUGUUGCUGCUCACGACAAAAUGGUACUCCCUAAUACAUCAGCAGUCGAGGGUUUGCAGAGAAACAAUGCUAGGUACUCUCCGAAUUGGAGCUUCCGGUGGGAUAAUAGAGGACGAGUGGCUGGUGAAGACACCUCUCUUAGUUGGUUAUCUGAUGGGAUUAGUCGUAACGAUGGGUCUGAUGUCAAAUCUGAAUCUGCAUUUGUAUCAUCACAAGGCUCUCCUUUGAACAAUCUCCAGACUCAGUCAUGGCAAAAGUCUCCUGCUUCGGAUCAAUCGUUUUCAAGAAAUGCAUCCAUGGACACCGUCUCUGAACAGAUCACCCAGAAUCAUGUUAAACUUUCGGUUUCAUUGGCUUCGCAACCAUCAUCCCCACUCUCUUCCCAUAGCCACUUGCCACUGCCACUGCCACCUGCUAGUUCAUCGACUCUGAAACUGACACCACGCGCUCGUCUCUCGAAACAAGUCUCCGAUAGUCAGAUCUUGGGAUUCAACUCACCAACUGAAGAGAGGCUGGGAAGCGAGUCCCAUUCUGGGCCGUCUGAUGGUUGGUCCACGCAAGCCUUUUCCGAAAUGAUGGCGUAUUCUCGCAGAGAGUCUUGCUCCUAUGACAACGAGUGCUUAUUAGGUCCUGGACGCGGCAAGAUAGACCAUCAAGGAAACAGGAAGUCCAGUGAUCAGCAAACCUGCGGUGCUUGCUCUAGACCCUUGUCUCAGAAAUCGCUGCUGAGCAGCCAGAAGAUCUGCGCCACUAACGAGCUCUCUGUAGCUGCGAUUCUAGCUUGUGGGCACGUCUAUCAUUCCGAGUGUUUGGAGCAGAUGACACCUGAAACCGACAAAUUCGACCCUCAGUGUCCCGUCUGCACGUUGGGCGAGAAAAGAACAUUCAAGUUGUCGGAGAAAGCAUUGAGGGCAGAUUUGGAUUUGAGAGCUAAACAGAACAAGAUACUAAGGAAAAAUGUGGUGGAUAGGGAUGACUUUGUCAUGUUUGAUCACAUGCCCAAUGCAGCAGCAGCAGCAGCAAGCGGUAGUGGUGGACACAAAGGCAAAGUCUCCAAGCUGUUAACGAGCUCAAGCUUGAGAAGCUAUUCACCAAAGCCUUUCCUUGCGAGACACUUCUCUUUCGGGUCCAGAAGUAACAGUGUCAAAUCCCCUAAAGAGGAUCAUUCGGCGAGGAAGAAAGGAUUCUUCUGGACCAAAUCUAGCAAACUUUGAAACUGUAAGGCAUCUUCACUUGUGAGUUAAGUCACUAGUUGAAUCUUUGUCCUAGAUUUUUUUUGGUGAUGUUUCUCUCCGUAAGCUUUGGCCCAAGUCAACGUUACGGAUACUUAUCAACAAUACACACUUGUUUGUGUAAUAGAAUUUCUCACAAAUAUAAGCACUCUUUCUACCAUUUAUUUUUCUACA